AUGAAGGUCGGCUACAACUGUUCGGAUAAGUGCCAUCUCUGCGAUGCAGAGGGCUGGCACAACCUGGGCCCUGCGGCUAAUUGGCGUAGGAGUAUUGGAGCCCGAUCAUCGAGUCCUUUCCAUGCAUGCCGGAUCCCUUUGAUGGAUAUCCCUGGCCUUGACCGACCUGAAUAUAUCCACCCGGACACUUGCCACUGCUUUCACAUUGGUUGGGGCAAGGACUUAGCAGCCUCCAGCAUCAUCUUGUUGGCGAAGAAAAGGCAUUGGCCUGGGCGAUCUUUGGAUAUUCGUUUAGAGGCAGCCUUCGCAGAUUACAUCAGCUUCUUGAAUGCAAGGUGCAAAAGCACUGGUGUUGAUGGCUUCUCCAAGCAACACUUCAAGAUGAGCUCGAAUGCUGAUUGGCCUACCACGCAUGGGGGGAAGGGUCACGACACGGCUCUUAUCCUGGGCUGGCUUGAAGACUUUCUCUCAAGGUCU